CUAUCAAGUGCUAACAUGAAAAUCUAUUAAGCAAAAAUGGAUUCAUAUCGUUUUAUUUUAACACUAUCUACAUGUCUGUCCGUUUUAACAUUAAGCGCUGCAGUUGAUUGGCCAAGAAUUCGCGUAAAAGAUGGCCACUUACUCUUCACAGUUGAAAAAGACAAAAACAUCUCUUUAGUAACUUCCGGAAUCGGCGGAAUUCACGUCAACGGCCAAGAUUUGGCUCACGUUGCAAAAUUAGCAUCAAAUUUAACGUCGUUUAUCCAAAAUAGGGGUGAAAUUUACAUCCCCGGUUCUCCAGAAGUUGUUAAAUCAAACAUAUACGAUCAAGUAACAUUAUUAGAGAGCGGUUUACAAAACCUAACUUUAGUUGCAGUCAAGAAACCGGCAAUUCAAAGAGUGAACAGGCGGUUGAAUGCGUUAACAAGACGAAUUCGCGGAAUAAAUAUUCUUUUGAACGCAAAUGAAUGCAAUAGUAAUCCAUGUCAAAAUGGGGGAACCUGCCAGGAUCUGUUUGAUAACUUUAUGUGCUUUUGCCCACCGGAAUGGGAGGGAAAAACUUGCGAAACUGACGUAAACGAAUGCACUAACUUUGCUGGGACGGAUUUGGGAUGUCAAAAUGGUGCAACUUGUAUUAAUAAACCUGGGAGUUAUGCGUGCGUUUGUUCAAAUGGAUGGAAUGGUGUACAUUGCACUCGAAAGGACACCGACUGUGCCACUGGUGGAAGUGAUCUUUGCGGACACGGAAUUUGUGUCCCACAAGGAACUUCGCUGGGAUACAAAUGUAUUUGCGAACAAGGUUGGCAAACUAAUGGUAAAGAUCCGGCUUGUACCGUCGAUGUAAACGAGUGCGAUACGUUUCCAUGUUCGAAAACACCCUUAGUGCAAUGUGUCAACGUCCCUGGAUCGUUUUUUUGCGGACAUUGUCCUCUUGGUUACACCGGAAAUGGGUAUCAUUGUAACGAUUUAAACGAAUGUGAUUCUUUUAAUGGGGGUUGUAGUCUUAAUCCGAAAGUUUUGUGUAUUAACACUCCGGGUUCGAGGAUUUGUGGUUCAUGCCCGCCGAGUUACAUCGGCGAUGGGGUAACUUGUACUUAUUCAGGGGGCACUUGUGGGGUUAAUAACGGUGGUUGUCAUCCUUUGGCGAAUUGCAAGCACACCCCGGGGGUUAUUUCGACUUUCGUUGAAUGCGUAUGUCCCCCUGGAUAUGUAGGAAACGGUAUUGGCCCAAAUGGUUGUACCUUCACAACUCAGCAAGGGUGUCAAUCUAACCCAUGUGUUCGUGGGACUUGCGCAAGUUUAAACGCGACCGAUUAUAUUUGUACUUGCCCGCCGGGAUAUUCAGGAAAAAAUUGUAAUAUAGCCACAUCUUUUACUUGCGCUUCAAAUCCGUGUCUUAACGGAGGAAGUUGUGUUACAACAGAAAAAGGUUAUUUUUGCAAAUGCACCUCGGAAUUUACCGGAUUUAAUUGUGAAGCGAGAGAAGCUAGUUGCGGUGGUAGACUAAAUUCGUACGCUGGUACUUUAGAUUAUAACCCAAGUAAUAUUGGGAGCGGUUAUAAAUAUAGUUGCGCUUGGGUCAUCGAAACUAAUCUAACGAAAGUCUUGAACAUCACGUUUAAAAAAUUCAACAUAAAAGAAUCCGGAAAUUGCGCUUCAAGUUGGCUUCAAAUUCACGAUGGAAGAAACUCGGCGGCUCAUUCUUUGGGGAGAUUCUGCGGAAAUAAAUUUCCUAGAAAUGGAACUUUUUUGUCAACUCAUAAUAAUUUGUAUGUUUGGUUUAGAGGUGAUUCGCUCCUUCCAGGAAAUGGGUUUACUUUCAAUUGGAUGAGUGUUGAGCCAAAAUGUCACGAAGAAAUUUUAGCCAAAUCACACGGUGUCUUGAAAUCACCAGGAUUCCCGGGAAAUUAUCCCAAUAAUAGAGAUUGCGUUUGGAGAUUAACUGCGCCGAUUGAUAAAAGAAUUGAGUUUCACUUUUUCGCGUUAUCGCUUGGCGAAGACGACGCGAAUUGUACUAAAGAUUACGUCUCAUUUCAUUCUUCAAGUAACGGAGAUGCGUUUGCUACUUAUUGCAACACUUCGCACCCUCCACCUUUAACAGCACCGUUCCAUGAAGUUUACGUCCGAUUUCAUUCGGAUGAAUCUGGACAAAAUCCCGGAUUUCAAAUUGGUUACUCAGUGAUAGCAGGUAUUCCAAAUUGCGGCGGUGUAUACACCAAGGAAUCGGGUUUAAUUAAAGGAGAAAUCGUUCCAAGUUUAGACCCAAUAACCUACGAAUGCGAAUAUGAAAUAAGAGUUCCCGAAGAUAUGAGAAUUAGAAUAGAUUUCUUGACGUUUGAUGUUGUUAAAACGAAAUCGGGGUGUUCCGAGGAAUUAAUUGUGUAUGAAGGAUCCACGUCGGAUUCGCCGACUGUUGGAAGAUAUUGCGGGAACGAGUUACCACCUCCUUAUGUUUCGUUGGGAAACGAGCUCCUUUUACUGUUUAAAACGAGAUUAUCCAAAGGUUUUUCGUUGAAAUACGAAGCGAUGUGUGGUGGGACGUACACUUCUAGUGAAGGAAUUAUUGCGUCAUCGGAAUACCCGAACUCAAGAACAACAGAGGAAGAUUGUAUUUAUCAAAUUAAUCGUCCAAUCGGAACUGUUAUUAAUUUGAAUAUUAUGGAAACGUGGCCGGCUAUAAAACGUGUAAUAUAUCGUUCGUUUAUUAGAAACCCACUCUGCCAAAACAUCGAAGUACGAGAUGGCGACAACGAAAACGCUCCUUUAUUAGGAAAUUAUUGCGAACGAACCCCUAUAGAAGUCAUCUCAUCACAUAACGCACUUUGGAUAAAAGUCAAAAAAUCAUUGCAUGACCCCAAAAGAUUUUACAUGAAUUACACAACAACCGAUAUUGUGUAUGAAGGAUCCACGUCGGAUGCGCCGACUGUUGGAAGAUAUUGCGGGAACGAGUUACCACCUCCUUAUGUUUCGUUGGGAAACGAGCUCCUUUUACUGUUUAAAACGAGAUUAUCCAAAGGUUUUUCGUUGAAAUACGAAGCGAUGUGUGGUGGGACGUACACUUCUAGUGAAGGAAUUAUUGCGUCAUCGGAAUACCCGAACUCAAGAACAACAGAGGAAGAUUGUAUUUAUCAAAUUAAUCGUCCAAUCGGAACUGUUAUUAAUUUGAAUAUUAUGGAAACGUGGCCGGCUAUAAAACGUGUAAUAUAUCGUUCGUUUAUUAGAAACCCACUCUGCCAAAACAUCGAAGUACGAGAUGGCGACAACGAAAACGCUCCUUUAUUAGGAAAUUAUUGCGAACGAACCCCUAUAGAAGUCAUCUCAUCACAUAACGCACUUUGGAUAAAAGUCAAAAAAUCAUUGCAUGACCCCAAAAGAUUUUACAUGAAUUACACAACAACCGAUAUUGGUUGUGGGGGAAUUUUAAAAGAAAAAUCCGGCACGAUUCAAUCCCCAUCUCAUCCAUCAAAUUACCCAAGCAGCCUCAAAUGCACAUGGUUAAUCGUAGCCCCAACGAACAUGGUCGUACAACUAUCUUGGUCAAACUUCCUAUUAGAAAACAGUUAUGAUUGCAAAUACGAUCGCGUUGAAGUUUAUGAUAACAACACCAACAGCGGGAUGGGGGGAUUAAUCGGGCGAUACUGCGGAAAUAAACUCCCCCCAAUCCUAAUAACAUCCUCCAACAUCAUGACCGUAACCUUCAAAACUGACGUUUCAAUCAAUCAAGACGGGUUCGUAGCUACUUACACUUUCCUCCCAUCCGAUUCGAUUUGUGGGGGGACUUAUUUUACCCCAUCCGGAAUUUUAACUUCCCCGUUUUACCCCAAAUCAUACCCAGUCAAUAAAGAUUGUAAAUGGGUUCUCCACGUACAAUCGGGGAGUCAAAUCAUGUUGAAAAUCAAUGAUUUCCAAUUGGAACCGUACGCUAAUUGUCGAUACGAUUUCUUAGAGAUAAGGAAUGGGGGGACGGCUGCUUCCCCGCUGAUCGGAAAGUUUUGUGGGGAUACUAUUCCUAAGAUGAUUCCGUCGCAUGCUAAUCAACUCUUUUUGCGGUUCAAAUCGGAUUUUACUAGGGCUGCGAAAGGGUUUAAUAUAACGUGGAGUGCCACAUCAACUGGGUGUGGGGGGACUUUAACUUCAGCGAGGGGAUCGAUUAUUUCGCCGCAUUAUCCGGAACCUUAUGAUAAGAAUACUGUGUGUGUUUGGAAAAUAUCCGUGAAUCCCGGAUCUGUUAUUCAACUGGUGUUUGCGGAUAUUGAUUUGGAAAAUCAUGUGGUGUGCCGAUUAGAUUAUGUCGAGCUUUUUGAUGGAGUCAGCGCAACUUCAAAAUCCCUCGGGAGAUAUUGCAACUCGGCGCAUCCCCCAACGAUCAAAUCAUCGGGAAAUCACGUUUUGGUGAAAUUCAGAUCAGAUAUAAGCGACCAAGGGAGAGGAUUUCAACUGCAGUAUUCAACGAUUUGCAACAACCAAGUGCGAGGUUACAGCGGUGUUAUUGAAAGCCCGAAUUAUCCAUAUGGAUAUGCAAUGGAUCAAGAUUGCACGUGGGAAAUCGGGGUUCCUGAAGGAAAUAAAAUCAACAUCACAUUUUCGCACUUUGAUUUAGAGAGAUCUUCGAUUGUCACCAAAGGACGUUGCGAGUUUGAUUACGUGGAGAUUUCAACUUACGACCCUGAAUACGAAAAAGCAAAAGUGUUGGAUCGAUUGUGUGGAUCCCCCGAAUAUCUUUUUGAUGGAGUCAGCGCAACUUCAAAAUCCCUCGGGAGAUAUUGCAACUCGGCGCAUCCCCCAACGAUCAAAUCAUCGGGAAAUCACGUUUUGGUGAAAUUCAGAUCAGAUAUAAGCGACCAAGGGAGAGGAUUUCAACUGCAGUAUUCAACGAUUUGCAACAACCAAGUGCGAGGUUACAGCGGUGUUAUUGAAAGCCCGAAUUAUCCAUAUGGAUAUGCAAUGGAUCAAGAUUGCACGUGGGAAAUCGGGGUUCCUGAAGGAAAUAAAAUCAACAUCACAUUUUCGCACUUUGAUUUAGAGAGAUCUUCGAUUGUCACCAAAGGACGUUGCGAGUUUGAUUACGUGGAGAUUUCAACUUACGACCCUGAAUACGAAAAAGCAAAAGUGUUGGAUCGAUUGUGUGGAUCCCCCGAAUAUAUUGCCCCGAUGACGAUUGAUUCUAACAACACCUCGAUUCAUUUCGUUUCCGAUAACCUCUUAAGCGGGAGCGGGUUUAGAUUGGAAUGGCACAUUUUCGGUUGUGGAGGAAUCCUCGAUCGCCCAGAAGGAACCAUCUCAACUCCCGGAUACCCCAAUGCUUACCCCCAAAACACGAGAUGCGAGUGGAUCAUCGCACUCCCUUCUCCUGGAAAAAGCGUUGAAAUAACUUUCGACAAAGACCUCCACUUAGAAACGAGCCACACCUGUUACAACGAUUACAUCGAAAUUUAUAACGGCAGAAAAGCAGUGGAAGAUAAUCUUCUUAGACGUUUUUGCGAAACUAGCAACGUCACUAACAUAACGAGUAACGGGCACGAAAUGUUUGUGGUGUUCCAAAGUGAUUAUUCACUCGUUGAUAAAGGAUUUAAGGCGGAAUAUAGAACCGUUGAUUCAAGCUGUGGCGGAAAUCUCCUUGCUGAUGAUGGGUUUAUAAUGUCGCCGAAUUACCCGAAAAAUUACGAAAGAAAAACAACGUGCGAAUGGUUAAUAACCAUCAAAGAAAAUCACGUAAUUAAUUUAUUUUUCCACGACGUCGAUCUAGCCUCAAAUUGCAACAAAACCAACAUUCGCGUUUAUGACGGCCCUGGAGAAGGUUAUCCUUUACUCAUCACCGUUUGCGGCAGCAACAAACCUAAUGGAACGAUUAAAUCGUCUUAUAAUCAUUUGUAUGUUAAAUUUCAAGCUGAUAGUAUGUUAACAGCGAAAGGAUUUAGGUUAGAGUUUAAAAAGGCAUGCGGUGGAAUUUUGAACACCGAAACGAGUGGAUUACUCGAAUUAGAACAAAGAAAUUCUUUUUCAAUGGAUGUGGAAUUGUGCGAAUACACGAUAAUCGCGCCUAAUCCGGCGGAUCACGUCUCUUUAACAAUAACUAAUUUGUAUGAGAAGAUUUGUUACUUCGACUAUGUUACUGUAUACGAUGGUUAUAACGGAACUGAUCCGAUAAUCGGGAGUUAUUGUGACGAAAUUCCUCCGACAAUUACCAGUACUGGAGCUGCUUUAUUUAUAACGGCUGGAAUUGGAUUCAAAGCUUCAUAUUCUACGUUCUCAUCAG